CUCUCCUCUCCUUCUCUCUCUCUCUCUCUCUCUAAGACUCUAGAGUUUCAACGAACUAUCCUCCCCGUUUCUCCUCCCUUCUUCUUCGUAUAAACUGAAACUCCCGAGCCCUAAUUUAUCUCCAAGUUUCCGAUCACAGGGAUCGCCAAUUAAUUGCAGAGGGUGUAAGUGUUGCUGUUUUUGGGGAUUUGAGUUCGUCCCUUGAAUUAACUUGUAGGGUUAGAGAAUUCUUUUAUGGCAUUUGAAUGCCAAGCAGGUAGUCACAUUUCUGAGAGUCUGUCAGGAUUUGUUGUUGAUUCUUUGGAAGAGCACAUUGAUUCAAAGGAGCGGAUAAGUAAUUCGGUCGAGAACUGUAGUGUGGAGCACUUAGAGAGCAAAGUGUUCAACUCGGAAACGGUUGGAGGGAAAACUGGAAAAUCGGAAUGCACGUCGGAAUUUAAACCCAAGAAAGGAAAUACUAGCUUGUACGAUAGAAAAGAGGUGUCGUCUCAUGGUGUCGUGUCGUGUUUUUCUCGCUCGUUCACCGACCUUCCUCCGGCCUUAGUGUCUGAAAUCUUCAACUGUCUUGACCCGAAAGAGUUGGGAAUUGUUUCCUGUGUGUCUACACUUUUCCAGAGGCUCGCUUCCGAGCAUUAUGCUUGGAAGGAAUUUUACUGCGAGCGCUGGGGCCUACCGGUUGCCCCAGCGUCAUUGGGCUUAGGACGUUCCGAUGAAAAGUCAUGGAAGGAGCUAUUUGUGGAGAGGGAUUUUAGGAGUAAGACAUUUAUGGGACGUUACAACAUUGAGGUUUUGUAUGGACACACCGAAGCUGUACGGGUGGUUUUCCUUUUGGCUUCUACAAAGCUUUUAUUCACGGCAGGUUAUGAUUCGACGGUUAGAAUGUGGGACGUGGAAGAAGGGUUGUCUAUAUCGUCUUCUAAGCCUCUUGGUUGUACAAUGAGAGCAGUCGCUGCUGAUACGAAGCUGUUAGUUGCUGGGGGCACUGAUGGCUUUAUUCAUGGUUGGAGGGCUGUUGAGGGAAUUCCACACUUGUUUGACCUCAGCGGUCAUCAGAGUCGAAACAGUGAAUUUCGGCUUUGGGAGCAUGCAGGAGCAGUUACGUCCCUUGCUUUGGAUCUUUCAAAGAUUUAUAGUGGUUCAUGGGACAUGACCGUGCGCAUAUGGGAUCGCGCUUCCCUGAAAUGCUCAAGGGUCCUGAGGCAUAGUGAUUGGAUCUGGGGACUUGUCCCCCAUGAUACCACCGUCGCCACAUCAUCAGGUUCAGAUGUUUAUUUAUGGGACAUAAACAAUGGGACUUUGAUGACUUGCAUUCACAAUGCGCACAUUGGUAAUACUUAUUCGUUAGCUAGAAGCCAUACAGGAGAUUUUCUUUUCACUGGCGGGGAAGAUGGAGCCGUACACAUGUUUGAGAUCGUUCACCUCAUCGACCAUGAUUUCUCCCAUGUUGCUUCUUGGAUUCCUCAUUCAGGGCCUGUACUUGCACUUGCGUUCGAGUUUCCGUGGCUUGUUUCAGCUUCUGCUGAUGGACAGCUUGCACUGAUUGACGUGAGGAAGUUGCUGAGAACUAAGAAAAGUACUUCUGCAAAGAAGAUUUUGAAGACUGGUAGUAUCGACUGGACAAAAGUAGAGCCACCUCAGAGGAUGCUCCACGGGUUUUCUAGUGAUCUGUUCUCGGUGGACAUUGGCGCAGAUCGCAUUGUGUGCGGUGGAGAGGAAGGAGUCGUUAGAAUUUGGAACUUCUCUCAAGCUCUGGAGAUCGAACGGAGGGCCCGUGCUCUUAGAGGAAUCCGAUUGGAGAACAGGAUGCGGCGGCGUAAGCUUCAAGUAGAGAUGAACAGUAAGGGCGGUCGGACGGAUCAAUGUUCCGUCGCAGCCAAGAACUCGGUCAAUGGUGACAGGAAUGGCGUGUGGCAUAGCAAACGAGGGAUGAGCGGCAAGCUGAAGGCAUGAUGAAGGACCGACAGCUGGCUUUAGAAUUGUUUGCUUGAACUCCAAUGAUUUGCCUCAGAAGCUUUGAGUUUCUAUGAAAGCAGAGAACCUGUACAAUCACUUCCAUUAGUUGUAGCAAUCAAUACUUUCUCUUUAUCCCCUGUUUCCCGAUUUCGAGUCCCUUAGAUUCUCUCGACGUACUAACGUGUAUUGUGCAAUUUGCGGGUCGGCCUGCAAUUCCCAGAUCAUGUCUGAUUGAAAAUGGUGAUUACAGGUGAUCUUCUUUGUGUGUUGGGGUCUACAUCAGUCGUGGUCACUAAUGCCCUGUGUAGUUUGGUUGGUACAAGCGAGUUUUAAGUGGAUUUAUCUUCGCAUUGGCAGUGAGCUUUGUGCUACCGAUGUAAUUCAACGAGCACAACGAAGAUUGGCGGCAUUACCGGUG